CCCAAGAUACUUUGUAUAAAAGACCAGCAUUCUCUGCCUUUUUCUUUGUCAAUUCUUCGUCUCACUAUCGAAUCAUCAAACUGCUCGCGACCUACAUCUUAUACAAUGCCUUUUUCCACUGAUGGAGUGUAUACUAUGAAGAACAUUGCCAGAGACCUCAUGCUCGAUCUGAAGGAGGGCGAUACCACUGAAGGCAAUCAGAUUCAAGGCUUCGUCGAAGAUGGCACCGCGGCUCAACAGUGGAUAAUCAAGAGACAUUACGUGUCAGGGUCCUCAAACAAAAUCGUCACCAUUCAGUCCGUCAUCAGCGGCACCAAUGGAAAUGGAUUCUUUACUGCUGCGAAUCAGGAUUCGGAUGAACCGAUCAUUUACACCACGCAGGCGUUUAUCGUCGAUCUUGUUCCACAGGCGGAUAGUACCUACACCAUUAGAUACAUCUCCGGGGAAGAUAACCUGGUGAUAUCCAUUCCAAGUCCGAGGCGCGGUGAAGUGAAACUGGAGACUUACGUCCCAGGAACUCCUCACCAGCAGUGGCGAUUGACCCGUGUUUCUGAUCUACAAUCAUUUGCCUAGUUUUCGCCACCAGGUACCACCAUGAGC